CGCUCCACACUUCUCCGUCUCUUCUCUCCGCCCGCUCAUACGCUCCAACGCCAAGCCACCGUAAAUUCCGAGCCUGAACUCUUCCGAUCGCUUCGCUCCUCUCGCCAUUGCCCAUCUCGAUCCGCCUCCUGUGUGUCUUCCCCUGAGAAUCCCUCCCAUUCUCCAGCGUGCUUGAUCGACUUUGGAGUAGUUAUAUGGCUGUCUCUUUAAUCGAGGGGUUCCCACAUCACAGAUUUCUGGGAACAUUGCAUAUUUUGCUGUUACUUUCGAUUUGAUGUGAGAUCUCUUUGGUUUAUUCAUUGUUGUUUGGUUUUUGAAUCUCUAGAGUAUUGCUGGUCCUGCGGCACCAUCGGAAUCCUUGCUGCUGUUCGCGUAGGUUAAAUCUGACGUCAAAUGGGUUAUGCCAUCGCGGAUUAGACGUGGGAUUUGUCGGUAUUCGAUAUCAGUUUCUCGUCGCUGAUUUGUGCAGAUGUUUCGAUCUCAAAGCUCAAGCUUAGGAAUGGAUCUUUUGGUCGCAAAAUUCAAUCUUACUAUCACGUUACGCGAUUGAUGGUACAUUUUCUGGUUCUGGAAGCACAUUGAUUGAAUUAUGCGCAGAGACCGUGAGAUACCACGGCAGUGGAGAGUUGUUUUACAUUAUGGGUCUGAUAGAGAAACUUUACCUAAAUCUAUUAUCUUAUUCCUCACCUGGAUGGGCCGCGGCUAUUGGUGGUGCCUUGGUUGUUAUCACGCUGUUCCUUUCCAUGUUCCUUCUAUUCCAGCACCUCUCCUCAUACAAAAAUCCAGAGGAGCAGAAGUUUCUAGUUGGUGUCAUCUUAAUGGUACCUUGCUAUUCAGUUGAAUCAUAUGUAUCACUGGUGAAUCCGUCUAUCAGUGCUGAUUGUGAGAUUCUGCGAGAUUGUUACGAGGCCUUUGCCAUGUAUUGCUUUGGAAGAUACCUUGUUGCUUGCAUGGGUGGUGAAGAGAGAACAAUUGAAUUUUUGAACAGACAAGGUGGUGUUACCUCCAAAACAACCUUACUAGAGAAUGUUUCUAAGAAGGGAAUAAUAAAGCAUCCUUUUCCAAUGAACUAUUUUUUGGAACCAUGGAGACUAAGCGAGUGGUUUUAUCAGAGUAUCAAGAUUGGAAUUGUUCAAUAUAUGAUAAUAAAAACUUUUACUGCGAUUUUAGCUGUGGUUCUUGAAGCUUUCGGAGUAUAUUGUGAAGGAGAGUUCAAGUGGAAGUGUGGGUACCCUUAUAUGGCUGUAGUUCUCAAUUUCAGUCAGUCUUGGGCAUUGUAUUGUUUGGUCUUAUUUUAUACUGCUACAAAGAAUGAACUAGCUCAUAUAAAGCCACUUGCCAAGUUCCUGAUGUUCAAAUCAAUAGUUUUUAUGACAUGGUGGCAAGAUGUGGCGAUUGCCCUACUUUUUAGUUGGAAUUCAUUUGAAAGUUCUAUAGCUCAAAAUUUGCAGUUUAAAUCAAGUGUACAGAACUUCAUUAUUUGUAUAGAGAUGUUUAUUGCUUCGAUUGUGCAUCUCUACGUGUUCCCUGCUGAACCGUACAAGCUAAUGGGUGAACGAAUUACCAGUGGUGUAGCUGUUCUUGGAGACUAUGCAUCUUUAGAUUGCCCUUUAGACCCUGAUGAGGUUAGGGACAGUGAACGACCAAUAAAGCUUAGGCUGCCCCAACCUGAUCUUGCUACCAAGAGUUCUACAGCUAUUAGAGAGAGUGUUCGAGAUGUAUUUGUUGGAGGAGGAGAAUAUAUUGUGAAUGAUCUAAAGUUUACAGUCACACAUGCAGUGGAACCCAUGGAGAAGGGUUUCACACGAUUCAAUCGGAAGCUUCACAGAUUUUCAGAAAACAUAAGAAAGCAUGAAAAGGGAAAGUUAAAAACCAAGGAUGACAGUAGUAUGGGUUCAUCUUCAUUGGUUAAGCGAGUUCGUGGAAUCGACGACCCACUCUUGAAUGGAAGUGUUAGUGACAGUGCGGCCAAGAGAGGAAGAAGACAAGUGAAAGAAUCCGGAAAUAAAAGUGCAGAAAGUGGGGGAGAAAACAGUGACACUGGCCAUGGUGGGUUUGAGGUGCAUGGAUGCAGGUGGAUCACUAAGGACUGAGGAGCCAGGAGCCAGGAGCCAACUUCUCUUCAUCAGGUACUAAGUUGGAUAUGUCCAAGAACACAUGAAUACAAAAAUAGCAUCUUUCUCGGGCUAAUGUGAAAGAAGCAGCUAUUUUAACUACAAGAACUAUUCAUGUUUCCUCCUUGGAUAGCUUCGGUAGAGAGAAAAGGUGCACGGGCUCAUCUACCUAGGAUAUCUGGCAGUGAUGAUUGCCAUCUUAAAGUGUCUUCACGACCCAAAGCACUAGCCUUUCAGAUCUCUCCAUGUGCAUUGUAAGGCCAUUUGGAUCAACAAAUUUCGUUCCCAGUAACAGAAAUAUUUAUGCCAUAAAACUUCAGAAUUUGCAACUA